UUCCUUGGAUCCGUUCCACGCCUGAGACCCACAACCCAGAACCUGAUCCGGAACCCGGUCCAGAACCCGGAGCCCGCUGCAGAAACCGGAGUUUUUCCCGUCUGAGGACCUGGACCUGGACCUGGACCGGAUCAGAUCAGAUCAGGGUCCGAUCUGGACCACAUGACUCCGGUCGUGUUUGGGUGAAACCAGUGUGUCCGUCUUUGUCUUCACCCUCUGGUUCUGAGUCCUUUCCUGGUCCUCCACCUCAGUCCAUCAUGAAUCCCUACAGAAACCAGAACCCGACCCUUCUACCCGGUCUAGAUCUCCAGAGCUCAGAUCCUCAGAUCUCGGUCCAGUCUGCCGCCGUCCUCCAACGCUUCCAGACGUCCUCCAAUCAGAACCGGGCGCCGUGCUCCUCAGAACCCGCCCCAGGGUCCGAGAACCCGUAUCCGACCCCGGCGCCGGUCUGCCAGGUGUCGGUCAUCGUCCCGUCCAGGUGCUCCGAGGACCUUCCGGACCUGGAGUGUUCCGUCUGCUUCAGUCAAUUUAACAACAUCUUCCGAUGUCCCAAGAUACUCCUGUGCGGUCACACCUUCUGCCUGGAGUGUCUGGCGCGGAUCAACGUCAAGUCGGCCGAGCCCGGCGCCGUCCAGUGUCCACUGUGCCGCGGCCUCACGCCCCUGCCCACCCUCGGCCCGCCCAAGCUCACCACAGAUGCCAACGUCCUGUCCUGCCUGCCCGCCGCCAUGCAGAGGGUCUACAGCGUCCGAUUUCUGCGCAACGAGGGCAAGCUGCAGGUCAAGAGGUCUUCAGGGGACCAGCGCUCCCUGGCAUCCCUGCGGUCGGCGCGGCACUCCCUGGAUGUGGGCGUUCCCAGUUCAGCGGUCAGGGCGGGCUCUGGCGGCGUGGGCGGGGCUCUGUUCAGAUUGACGGGUCGUCCGGCCUGUAGGGCCUUCCUCCUGACCUCAGUGGUGAUGAUGAUGGUCCUGCUGCUGGGGAUCAUCAUCUUCAUCUUCACCUUCAGAGACAAGCAGGUCUGACCGGACCUGCACUUGGACCUGGACCUGGACCCAGACAUGGACCUGGAGCCGGUCUGGGUUUAGGUGGAGCCAAAUGAGCCCAGACCCAGACCCAGUUCUGUUUGGUCUGAAGGUCCAAACCCUCUGACUUUUGGUCAUGUGAUGUAAACGGGUUUGGGGGUGGAGUUGGGGGCGGAGUUUGUCCCCCUGUG